CGCCGUCGUCGCCGCCAUUGUUGCUGCGACUAUCCUCCCUCGGAUCUGUAUAGGAGAAUCCACCGCCAUCUGCCACCAUGGUGAACUUCACCGUAGACCAGAUCCGGGCCAUCAUGGACAAGAAGGCCAACAUCCGCAACAUGUCUGUCAUCGCCCACGUGGACCACGGCAAGUCCACGCUGACAGACUCCCUGGUGUGCAAGGCUGGCAUCAUUGCCUCCGCCCGGGCCGGGGAGACCCGCUUCACUGACACCCGGAGGGAUGAACAGGAGCGCUGCAUCACCAUCAAGUCAACUGCCAUCUCCCUGUUCUACGAACUCUCGGAGAACGACUUGAAUUUCAUCAAGCAGAGCAAGGACGGCUCCGGCUUCCUCAUCAACCUCAUUGACUCCCCUGGGCACGUGGACUUCUCCUCAGAGGUGACGGCUGCCCUCCGCGUCACCGAUGGUGCCUUGGUGGUGGUGGACUGCGUGUCAGGUGUGUGUGUGCAGACGGAGACGGUGCUGCGGCAGGCCAUCGCUGAGCGCAUCAAGCCCGUGCUGAUGAUGAACAAGAUGGACCGCGCCCUGCUCGAGCUGCAGUUGGACCCCGAGGAGCUGUACCAGACCUUCCAGCGCAUCGUGGAGAACGUCAACGUCAUCAUCUCCACCUACGGGGAGGGCGAGAGUGGCCCCAUGGGCAACAUCAUGAUUGACCCCAUCUUGGGCACUGUCGGCUUCGGGUCCGGUCUCCACGGGUGGGCCUUCACUCUGAAGCAGUUUGCAGAGAUGUAUGUGGCCAAGUUUGCCGCCAAGGGUGAGGGCCAGCUGGGGCCUGCUGAGCGGGCCAAGAAAGUGGAGGACAUGAUGAAGAAGCUAUGGGGUGAUAGGUACUUUGAUCCAGCCAAUGGCAAAUUCACCAAGUCGGCCACCAGCCCUGAUGGGAAGAAGCUGCCCCGGACCUUCUGCCAGCUCAUUCUGGACCCCAUCUUCAAGGUGUUUGAUGCAAUCAUGAAUUUCAAGAAGGAGGAAACGGCAAAACUGAUUGAAAAACUGGAAAUCAAGUUGGACAGUGAAGACAAGGAUAAAGAAGGCAAGCCGCUUCUGAAGGCUGUGAUGCGCCGCUGGCUGCCGGCUGGAGACGCGUUGCUACAGAUGAUCACUAUUCACCUGCCCUCACCUGUGACGGCCCAGAAGUACCGCUGUGAGCUCCUGUACGAGGGGCCCCCGGACGACGAGGCUGCCAUGGGCAUUAAAAGCUGUGACCCCAAAGGCCCCCUUAUGAUGUACAUUUCCAAAAUGGUGCCAACUUCCGACAAAGGUCGGUUCUACGCUUUCGGACGCGUCUUUUCAGGGCUGGUGUCCACCGGCCUAAAGGUCAGGAUCAUGGGGCCCAACUACACUCCCGGGAAGAAGGAAGAUCUCUACCUGAAGCCAAUCCAGAGAACAAUCCUGAUGAUGGGCCGCUACGUGGAGCCCAUCGAGGACGUGCCUUGUGGGAACAUCGUGGGCCUGGUGGGUGUGGACCAGUUCCUGGUGAAGACUGGCACCAUCACCACCUUCGAGCACGCCCACAACAUGAGGGUGAUGAAGUUCAGUGUCAGCCCCGUCGUCAGGGUUGCUGUUGAGGCCAAGAACCCGGCCGACCUGCCCAAGCUGGUGGAGGGGCUGAAGCGGCUGGCCAAAUCGGACCCCAUGGUGCAGUGCAUCAUCGAGGAGUCAGGAGAGCACAUCAUCGCGGGCGCCGGCGAGCUGCACCUGGAGAUCUGCCUCAAGGAUUUGGAGGAGGACCACGCCUGCAUCCCCAUCAAGAAAUCUGACCCGGUGGUUUCGUACCGUGAGACAGUCAGUAAGGAGUCCAGUGUGCUCUGCCUGUCCAAGUCCCCCAACAGACACAACCGGCUAUACAUGAAGGCGCGGCCCUUCCCCGAUGGCCUGGCCGAGGACAUCGACAAGGGUGAGGUGUCCGCCCGCCAGGAGCUCAAGCAGCGGGCCCGCUACCUGGCCGAGAAGUACGAGUGGGAUGUGGCUGAGGCCCGCAAGAUCUGGUGCUUUGGGCCUGAUGGCACUGGCCCGAACAUCCUAACUGACAUCACCAAAGGCGUGCAGUAUCUCAAUGAGAUCAAGGACAGUGUGGUGGCCGGCUUCCAGUGGGCCACCAAGGAGGGCGCCUUAUGUGAGGAGAACAUGCGGGGUGUGCGUUUUGACGUGCAUGACGUGACGCUGCACGCAGACGCCAUCCACCGUGGAGGCAGCCAGGUCAUCCCCACGGCCCGGCGCUGCCUCUACGCCAGCAUGCUGACUGCCCAGCCCCGCCUCAUGGAGCCCAUCUACCUUGUGGAGAUCCAGUGUCCAGAGCAGGUGGUUGGUGGCAUCUACGGUGUCCUGAACAAGAAGCGGGGACAUGUCUUUGAGGAGUCGCAGGUGGCUGGCACUCCCAUGUUUGUCGUGAAGGCCUAUUUGCCUGUCAAUGAAUCCUUUGGUUUCACCGCUGACCUGCGGUCCAACACUGGUGGCCAGGCUUUCCCCCAGUGCGUGUUCAGCCACUGGCAGAUCCUGUCCGGAGACCCCUUCGACAGCAGCACCUUUCCCAGCCAGUUGGUGGCCCAGACUCGCAAGCGCAAGGGCCUGAAGGAGGGCAUCCCAGCCCUGGACAACUUCCUGGACAAAUUGUAGGCGGCCCCUCUUGGCAGCAGCCCGCCACCCCAUGUGGGACUCGGCACAGCCCCCAUACCCUGUUCGACCACAGCAACACCUCCUCACAUUCUCAAACGACACCUCAAGACUGUCCCCACAGUGCACUCUGCCUGAGAGGUUCCUGGGGCCCACUUCGUGCCAUCGCUCAAUGUUAACACUUGAUGCUGUUUCUAUUUCCAGAUUCCAGAUGCAGCAGAAAUGCCCUUUUUGCAGGGACUUAUUUGGCUGGUGGGGGAGGCCGGAUGGGACACCGAAAACUUUUUUUUUUCCCGUUUUCUUCAGAGGGAAACUCAAAUGUCCAAAAAGAUUAUCUAAGCGCAUUAAGAGGUUUAUUUGGGCAAAUGGCCCAUAGUGGCUUCUCCCCCAGAGGGAGAAGGAACAAGUGGGUAGACCACUUCUAGAAGGCAGGAAGUCCUUUGCGGUGUCACCAUGAGCACCUCCAGCUAUACUAGUGCCAUUGGAAUAAUAAAUUUGGUAUGGUGGUGACUGA